AUGGGUGAUUCCACCUACAGGUCCGAUUUUCAGUUACAGCCAACCAAGUUUGGCCUCUAUGCCCACCAUGCCUCAGUCAUCAAUGCCCACUUCCAUGGGUUCACCAACAACCCAGACCUUACCAAACCUCUCCACAAACACAGGUCCAAGUUUUAUCCUAGAUCCAUCAAUCUCAGGUCACCACCCAAGUAUCCCAUCCAUCUCAGGGCACCACCCAAGUACCUACAUCAAACUUUUAUUCCACUCGGAAAAUUUCCCCACACUAUGCCGAGCCCUAAUUCCAUGUUUAACCAAAAUACCUCAUACAGCUCCAUGAAACCAAUGAAGUUGGAUCUUCUGUGUUUCUACGGUGAGGACCCAUAUGGUUGGUUAGCAAUGGCCGAAUGUUUCCUCGACUACCAUGAAGUGGAAGACCACCGGAAGGUCAUGGUGGCGGCGGUGCAUCUAGGUGGCGAUACCACCCUAUGGAUGAGGUGGUUUGAAUCGUGUUACCCACGCGACUCAUGGGUCAUCUUCUCCGACAUGCUACUGCAGCGCUUUGGGCCAGGCGAAACCCUAAAUGUCAAUAUGGGCUUGUCCCACAGUAAACAAACGGGGUCAGUAGCAGAGUACGUGGGCCUUUUCAUUAAACUCUCUUGCAGAGCUGUGGGUUGGAUCAAUGAGCAAUUGUUGGGCACCUUUGUAAGAGGGCUUAAGGAGGAUAUAUAG